GAUGCAGCAAGUGCUUUUGGGGAUUUCGAAGCUGCUAUCAGACAUAAUGCGGAUGAUCCUGAUAUAUAUUAUCAUCGUGGGCAGGUCUAUUUCAUCAUGGGUGAAUUCGACAAGGCCAUAGCGGAUUACAAUAAAUCUACUUCACUCGAUGAUACUUUCAUUUUCACCCAUGUUCAGAGUGCUGUAGCGCAGUAUAAGUUGGGUAAUGUGGCUCAGAGUAUGGCUGCGUUUAGGAGGAUUUUGAAACAGUUUCCUGAUCGCGGCGAACCGAGUAAUUAUUAUGGAGAAUUGUUAUUGGAUCAACAAAAGUUCGAUGAAUCAAUUUCGAGGUUUGAUAGAUCUCUUGAAUUGGACAAAGACAAAAACCCCCGAAACGUCCUUCCACUAGUCAACAAAGCCCUCGCUGUCUUCCAAUUCAAACAAGAUCUCGCACAAGCCGAGGCGUUGUGUACCGAAGCAUUGAAUAUCGAUCCUGAUUGUGAUGUCGCAGUGGCGACUUUAGCGCAGUUAUCUCUUCAACAAGGGAAUUUGGACGAGGCGAUCAAAUGGUUUGAGAAGAGUGCGAAGUUGGCGAGGACAGAAGGGGAGAUGGUGAAUGCUAUUACAUACGAACACGCAUCCAGGGCACAAAAGGAAUUCUUGAAGAAUUACCCCGAACUUGGUACACGUUUGAGUCAGUUAGCAACUACGAUGUGAGGGAAAGAGAGAUCACUAAGAGAGACAUAUCCACGCCGAAUUUAUGCACAUGCAACUGCUCAGCAC